UCCUUUUCAACCCUGCAAAUUCAACCCAUAGUUUGAAUUGCUAGCAAAGGAUACGGUGGUCUCUCACAUGUUGGUACUUUUGUGGCAAACGUUUGCCGAAUUCCACGCUGCAAGGCGUCACUUGCAAGCCACCUUACCAACGACCGCAAACUAUGCGACCUCAUCCCAGCUAUGACUCACAGUUUCAACGCGCAAAACCCUCGCGCUGCGUCACGUACGUCCCACGGACCUAAGCCAUCGCGCCCGGCGCCUCGCCAUCCGCAGCGGAACACCCAGCAACCUCCAGCCAACGCUUCCUCACCCUCGCCAGCGCCUACAGCAAGGCCUCCGGAGCAAAUCCGGCAACCGCAGUUACCUUCCCAAGGACGACGACCGUCUUCGCAGCAGCAGAAGCCAUGGCAUGCCCCACGCGCCCACACGCCCAAUGGGGACGGUUCGUCGUUGGACCCUUCUCCGCCGGGUCACUCGGGGCCUUAUCCCUCUAGCGUUGGCAGGAGCGGCAAAGGAGGCAACGGCAGGAGCCUGUGGAAACGUAGCGGUGAAGCGACAGCAGGAGGUGCAGCAAGUGAAGUAGCGGACACCGGCAACAGUAGGCAACUAGAAGCCCAGCAGCAGCGGUCAGGACAGCAGCCGCAGCGAUUGGAGCAGCAGAAUAAUGAGGAGCAGCAGGAGGAGGGUCAUUACAAGGCAGGCCAAGCUAUGGUGGCGGCGGUUUCUGGGCCUGCCCCAUUGACGGAGGAGUUGCGGCAGUUGGAGCGGCGGUACGGCGGAUCUCGUCGCACUCGCUCCAGCUACCGCAGUCGCCAAGAGCGACUCGAUCGCCGCGCGGCGCAGCGACGAGCGCUGUACGGCAGCCGCCAUCGCGACGCGGAUGUCCGGCUGCUUGCGUUACGUCGCGAGGCUGCGGCGGCGGGGACGCUGCGGCGGCGCGGCGGUUUCGCUGCUGACGAUGCGUUGCCACGUCAGACGACCUGGUAUAAAUUGGCGGCGGGUUUGCGACGGGAGAUACGUGAGUGCGUGUUUCCAGAAAUCCCUGACCGCGAGUGCGUGCGGGGGAUCUGGGCAGAACGGGGUUGGAGUUGGGAAGAGUGGAGGCGAGCAAGAGCCGCUGCUGACUGGUCUUCCUUUCGACCCAACAUACCCCAUACGCCCUUUCCACACCUGCCUUAGACCUCACCAAGCCUCCUCCCACCCCACUCCACCGCAGCACAUACACCUUUUUACCCUACCCUACCCUCCAGUGUUUCCGCGGCUCAGUUAGCUGAAUGCCCCUCCCUCAUCUAGUUUGCCAUUAUCGUUCAACACCCUUGGGAGCUCUCCUUCUCCCCACCCUGCUCCUCCUCCUCCUCCUCCUCCUCCUCCUCCUCCUCCUCCGCUGCCACGCAGUACAGGAACGCUGCACCGCGCUGCAGGUUGCCGCGGGGCCGCCGCUGUCCGCCCCCGCAGCCGCCGCCAUGUACCUGGCUGCUCCCGCGCUGCUGUGCGACAUCAGCUUCGCAGUGGCAGCCAGGUUGAGGGCGCUGGCGGGGCGACUGGGGUGCGGAGUGGAGGGCGCGGCGGCGGCGGUUGCAGCGCGACCCGUGCUGUGUGAGGUCCGACCGGAGCAGUUGGAGGCUUGUGCUGCGGAGGUGGCGGUGUGGCAGGGUGGCUCGCUGCCCCUCCUGCUGACGCAGCAGCAGCUGGGCAGGGAGCCCUCCCUGGCGCUGCAAGGGCCCGCGGCCAUCACCACAAGGUGUCAAGCGCUAUCCGACGCGCUGUCGCUGUCCCGCCCCGCCGCCUUUCAGCUGCUGCUUCAGCAGCCCAGGCUCAUGGCCAAUGACCCACGGGUCAUUCCGGCCAGAGCCGCAGCAGCGGUGCGCAUAGUACGGCAGGCAGAAGCGGCAGCUGGUGCCCCCAUGGCCGUGCCGCCUAGCCUGCUGCUCUGUACGGAGGAACAGCUGACCGCCUGCCAGGCCCUGCUGCAGCAGCUGCUGUGCCUGGGGGGCCCCUUCGCCGCCACCGCCCUGCUAGCCCGGCAACCCGCUCUCGCGCUGCGCCCGCCAGCCGCCAUCCGAGCAGCCCUCCACUUCCUCACCUCGCAGCUGCCCGCACCAACCCCUGCUGCGGCAUCAGCGGAGCAAGGGGCAGCGGAAACAGCAGCAGCAGCAGCAGCGGGACCGCUGUCCGGAGCACGGGAAAUCCCGAGGGGCCCGCCGGCGCCGCUGCCCGUGUCCCGAAUCGUAUCAACUCGGCCUGGGAGCCCCUUGACUUCAUGGCGACGGCUGCAGCCGCGGGAUCAGCAGGGGAUCCAUGAGGGGCCACAGCAAGGACUGGAGGACUGCAGCGGACAUCAGGAGCAGGAGCAGAAGAAGGAACACCAGCGGGAGCAGCAGCAGAAGCAGAAGCAACUACUGCCGCCGCCUCAUGUACAGCAGUUGGUACGACAAUGUCCUUCCGUACUGCUCCUAGAACCCCGCCGUGCUGCUGCCGUACUAGACUGCCUCUCGGCUGUCCUGGAGGCAGCGACGGAAGAAGCGUACGGCACCGCAUGUACGGCAUCUCCGUACGACAUGGGCGGCAGCCGUACGGCAGCGGAACCGUACAGGUCGCGGGAAGGAGCAUCGCUUGACACCGCGCCGGGAACGUUCAAAGCAACAGGGGGGAAGACAGAGGCGGUAACGGCAGCAGCAGCACGGGCUCGUGAGAUGGCAGCUGGGCUGAUUCGAGCUGCGCCUCGGUUGCUGUUGUGUCGGCUGUUGACGCCGGGCUGGGUGGUUGCUGGCGGGUCCGCAGCGGCAGGGGGAUCUGCUGUGGUGAAAAGGAGGAAGAAGAAGGAGGAGGAGGAGGAGCUGCAGAGGAUGCCACUGAGUGCCGCUGAGCGGCAGAUGAGUCUGAUGGCCUGGGUGAAGUUAAUAGACGCGGCUCAUCGGAAGCGAUCGCUUGACUCGCUGUCUGUGGCGUCUGAUGACCCCGACUGGCCUCGGCCGCUGGUGCGAAAUCCCCUUGAGGACGAGGAGGAAGCUGAGGAUGAGGAGGAGGAAGAAGAUGACUGCGAUGAUACAGACCCAGGGGGAAGCGACGGCGAUGCCGACGGCGACGGUGAUGAUGGUGAUGAUGACGAUGGCUGGAAUGGUGACGGCGGCGGCGGUGUUGCUAUGGCACCUGCCGCAGGCAGGCCUCAGCGGCCCCGCCGUGUCCCUGCCAAGUACAGGAACGGCGUGAAGGAGGAGGAGGAGGAGGCCGCCGCCGCUGCGACGGCGGAACUCCUGGCGGCGGCGGCGGCCGUCGGCGCCGCGGCUCCCGUACCUUUGGAUCUCGCCGUACGGGAGUCGGAGCUUCUGGAGCUGCUAAGCCUGGAGGACCUGGCGGCGGCAGCUGCGCCGACAGCAGCACCGGCGACAGCGGCAGCGGAGGCGGGAUCUGCCGCACAGGGGCGCCACUUGGGGACAGGUACGGGGUUCGGAGGAAGCAGCUGGCUGCACCAGCGACAGCAGCAGCGGCGGCGGCGGAGACAGAUCCGCUGUUGGCUCUGGAUGCAUGUAAUCGUGGCGGCGCCGGAGCUGCUGUUGUCGCCGUACAAGCAGUUGGCUGCGACGGUUGAUACAUUGUGCAGUUGGUUUGCCGUACCGUCGGAAGCGCUGGUGCGGUACCUCUUGCCGUACACCGCCAUCGCCCCGUUGGACGUGGCGCCGCAGUCGCCAGUGGCGGAGACGUCAAGAGCUUCUUCACCGCGUUUGCCGGUGUCACACGUGAUCUUGCUGACCCAUGGGUCAGAGCAGCUCCAACGCGCCGGCUACAAGGUUUGGAACUGGCUUGGCGGCGGCGCGGUGGCGGCGGCGGCUGACGUCGCCGCGGUACUGCGGGCCUUGCCAGGACUGUUGUACGACGAGGUGACGUUACGGCAAUGUACGAACGUGUUGCAUGCGGCUUUGCUGGAUGCUGGCGAAACCUGCAGCGGCGGACUGGAAGCACCGUUAGCUGCCGUACUGUCUCCAGUUGCUGCAGCCCUGCUGCUCCGUCAUCCCGCCGAGGUGCUGAGUCAGCCAGUGCUGCGACUGCUGGAGAAGCCGGCGCGGCCGAUGACGUCAGCGUUGACGUCGGCCCGCGCGUCAGCAACACCCAACCAGAUAACGGUGCAGGGGCCGCCGCCGGACGCUGACGGAGUUUCCUCUGAGAUCGCAGCUGCUGUGGAAACAGCGGAGGCAACGGAGGUUCCUGGCGUUGCACGGCGGCCAGGCGGGGACGGUAUGGGUAGCUGGAGCAGCAGCAGUAGCAGCAGCAGCGGUACCCGGCUGGGUGGGGCGGUGGGGCGUCUUGCUGCGUUGCUGGGAGUGGGCAGGCCUGCAGCGGCGGCGGUGGUGCUGGUGACGCGGGGGCAGGCGGCGGAGCUUGCGGAGGAGCUGUCGGCUGAGGCGGAGGGGUGCGUCGCCAGGGCCAUGUCUAUCAUCCGUAACGGAGGGGGCCUCUGGAGUCGGGAGCUGCGGCGAUACUUGUACGGCAGUACCUCUUCAGCUCCUUCCGCCGAGCGCUACAGCUACAACCUGUCGUACGGCGGUGAUGGCGGCAGAAGUGGUGGCAUGGGUGGUGGUGGUGAUGAGAACCUGGAUGCGGUUUCAGCAUCAGCGGAGGAGCUGUUGGUCGUUGUACGGCACUGGCGGCAUGUGGAGCGGUUGGAGGCUUUGGACGCUGCAGGUCUCCGGGAUGCCAUGAGCUACGUGACGGCGCUGCAGCUGCCGCCCAGCCAGUGGAGGGAGGUGCAGGCGCGCAUGACGCCAUCACCUCCACUGCCGCCUGCAGGUUCGCAGCCAGGCGUCCGGCGGGGCUGAGUGGGGCGGAUUAAGGGUUGGCCUGGUUCCAUCACGAGGAUGUAAACAGGGGGAUGUAGCGAAUGUAGCAAAGGGGGAGCAGGAUGUGCAUGUUUGGCAUUCGCGCUUAUAUUAGGAGUGUACGCUUGCAGGGUCUGAAGUUCACGGUGACAUGUGAUUUGUACACGCUGGCUGUAGGUACCGGUAGCAGGGUUGUGCACGAAGCAGAGCUAGUGGAUUCCCGUGUAAAGACUGGACUUAGACACAGCUUUUCCUAUGCCAAGCCAUACGGACAGAACGCCCAUAUGAGGGCAAACCCUACUAAAGGAUACCCCUACCAGGGGCGCAUCCUGCGC